UUUUGGACUAGGUGCUAAAUGAAUGUUGCUAAAACAGCAGCGGUGUUUACAUGAUAAAAUAUUUAGAACUUGAUGUAGAUCUAGUUCAAGAUUUAAUAUCACCACAGGUUAAGUUUAAGGCGAAGACAACACAGAGAAGAGCAGAAUUAAAGGCUAUGGUUCAGGAAGAAUUCUGUCGGAAAUUCCGGGUCGUAUGUGAUUGCACACUUCCCCAAAGUCACAAUUUACAUAAAGGAAAAGCUGCUUUUCAACCCAAGUGCUGUCCAGCCAAACAGGCAUCGAUGAACGCCAUCCCUAGUUUCUGUUACAAGAGGGCCACCAUCUCCUAUGUCGACGCUGUCGUCACCUGCCCCACAAGAUUCCCAGCGUACAUACGGUGGACCUCCGAGCCCAAGCCGUGCAACAAAAAGCUGGUGCAGAUUGUUUGGAAGAAGUCAACCUUUGGGGAGAAGCAUGUGGACCUAAUGUGGGCGGGCGAGUGCGCUAAGAAAAAGGUGGAGAUCUGUUGGAUGAAAGACAAAACACCGCCAGCCACGAAGAGGGAGGUCAGCAUGAGUUGGUUGACCAGAAGGGGUGACUACUACAAGAAAGAAAUGUCGAAAUGCCAGACGUCGUCGCAAGAAGACCGGCGGGAGAAAAAGUCGUCAGGACAAUGCGAACCAGUCGCAACGGAUGAGGCUCUAUUGAAUAAACCAAUGAAAUCGAUUCUUAAAACUUACGGAGAUGGAUGGUGGGAAGACGUGAGGAAAUUUCGCAAAUGUGCCUGACAGUUUCACUGCUACUUCAUCUGUAACGUCAACGUAACAAUCUUCAUUCCAAAAUACAACACCUUUAUUGACUCCUCAGCAGACUCUCAUAUCUUGAUGCUCUAAACAUAAACUAUUCUUGCUUCGUUACGACAUCAAAGUUUACUUGGAUUACACACUAUGAAAUCGAAGUGUUUGUCCUAGUAAAAUUAAAUUUAAACUUUAGGCAUAGACAUUGUUUUGUAUGUGUUGUGUAGUUUGUACUCUAAUUUCGUAUGUCCAUCAUAAAUCAUUAAAAGUUAUUAUUAAUUCAUAUCAAGAAAUGUCAUACUAAGGUCGUCCGGCAUCGAUAGUCUGGAGAAAAAAGGUUGAUUUAGAUACGAUUCAAAACUAGGUUAAACAUUUCUGUAGUAAAUACGCGACAAGGAUUUGUAGAUAAUAUCUUUCUUAGAUCCUCAAAACGUUGAGAAAUCCAAUUCUUUAUUAAAUAGUCAUCAAACGUGAUUUACUGACCGUAUAAUUCAGCUAUAGCUCAAUAAAAUCAGUUCAAUUGUUUUCUUUUUUGUACUUACCAAUGCGCCAAACUGCACGGGAGGAUCUAAGUCUUAAGUCUAAGUAAGUCUUCUUUGCAGUUAUUCCCGUGUACGCUAGAUUAUUUAUGAAAUGAAAAUCUGUUCAUUAAAACGUAUCUUCAGUUUUAAGAAAUUAUUUUACAACAGUUUCAAGAACAUCUUCAUGUUAUAAGACUUUAUAAAACUCAUACUUCCUUCUUCCGAGAUUGAGGAGGUUAUACAUAUCAUCCAUUCACACUUAACAUCAUUACUGCCAUAAACUCAUCUUGAGUUAUUAGGUAUUUGUUUAAAGAUUACAUUCUUCUAUCGAUAUCGUUCUAAUAAAGUCAGUAUGCAUAAUUAUUCUGGAUAUGAACUGGAUUGGUUUUAUGAAUUCCUGAUGACUGUGAACUAUGUGGAACAGUAAAUAUAAAAUCUUUAUAGAGAAAUAAUUAA